AUGGUGUACACUUUUUACGAUAACGCUCAUUCCUCCAUGUUCUUGCCUCCUGACGUUCAGGCCGAGUACCUUAGUAUAGAAGAACUGAAAAUUAGUCGACAAGAAGUCUUGAACAUCAGACAAAAGAAACGAGAAGUUCGCCCGUGCCCAACGGGAUCAAUACUGAGUCGACAAGAAGUCUUGAACAUUAGGCAACAGAAACGAGAAGUUCGCCCAUGCCUCAGCACUGAUUUUGUAGCUCGACAAAAAGUCUUGAAUGGUGAAGAAACGAGAAGAUUUCCUACCACGCUACUUAUUCCCACCAUAUUUUCAACGAACAGGCUUUUUUACUUGCCUUCAUAUACCGAUCAAGUAGU